AUUGGGGUGGGGUGGGGGGUUGGGGGCGUGGUCUGGAGGCGGAGUCAGGUGAGCUUGGCCGUGCAGACGGACUGACUCUACGCUGCUCUCACCAGUUGGCCCCACUGCCUUUCAGCGAAGCCAUCGGAGAAAUAACUUCAGACGACAACACCAGCACCGUCAGAGAUGAUUCCUCCACAGAUGGAAAGUGCCUGAGGCGAUACCGAUGGCUUUCACUGGCAGCAGCCUCCGCAUUCAGGGGGACGACAACCUGGGCUCCAUGCUGGUUGGCACGGUGAUGAGGAAGGUCAAGUCGCGCACCUGGAAGAAGCAGCGGUACUUCAAGCUGCAGGAGGACUGCAUGACCAUCUGGUACAAGUCCAAGAAGGCCGGCAAGCCGCACUCCACGUUCUCGGUGGGAGACCUGGAGGGGGUCCGCGAAGGCCACCAGUCGGAGGUGCUGCUGAGCCUGGCCGACGAGUUCCCCCCCGACCGCUGCUUCACGCUGGUGUUCCGGGGUCGCCGCGGUAACCUGGACCUGGUGGCGGACUCGGCGGACGAGGCGCGGUCCUGGGUGCGUGGCACCAGGAAGCUCAUGGAGAGCCUGGAGAGCAUGGGGGAGCGGGAGAGGCUGGACCAGUGGAUCGGGGACUGGUUCAAGAAGGCAGACAAGAACAAGGAUGGACGCAUGAACUUCAAGGAGACCCAGGACCUGCUGAGGAUGAUGAACGUGGACAUGAACGAGCAGCACUGCCACAGCCUGUUCACGAUGGCGGACCGGUCCCAGACGGGCACGCUCUUGGACGAGGAGUUUGUGCUCUUCUACAAGAUGCUGACCAAGCGCGACGACGUGAUGCGCGUCUUCCAGGAUUUCUCGGGCGACGGCCAGAAGCUGUCGGCGGCGGACCUGGAGGACUUCCUGCGCGAGGAGCAGCUGGAGGCGGAGGAUGCCGCGGGCCACGCCGCGAGGAUCAUAGAGACGUACGAGCCCUCGGACGCAGCCAAGCAGCUCAACGCCAUGACCUUUGACGGCUUCCUGAUGUACCUGGGCUCGGCGGAGGGCUCCAUCCAGGACCCCCGGUGGCGCGGUCUCUUCCAGGACCUGGACCAGCCGCUCUGCCAUUACUUCAUCUCCUCCUCGCACAACACCUACCUGAUGGAGGACCAGCUCCGGGGCCAGAGUAGCGUGGAGGGCUACAUCAGGGCCCUGACGCGGGGCUGCCGCUGCGUGGAGGUGGACUGCUGGGACGGGCCGAACGGAGAGCCCAUCGUGUACCAUGGCCACACCUUCACCUCCAAGAUCCUCUUCCGGGACGUGGUCCAGGCCGUGGACAAGUACGCCUUCAAGGCCUCGGACUACCCGGUGAUCCUGUCCAUAGAGAACCACUGCAGCGUGGAGCAGCAGAGGACCAUGGCCCAGCACCUCAACCACAUCCUGGGGGACGCCCUGCUGCGGAGCCCCCUGGAGGGAAAGGGCCUGACGGGGCUCCCCUCCCCCGAGGAGCUGAAGGGGAAGAUUCUGCUGAAGGCCAAGAAGAUCGGGGGUCUGGAGGAGAGGGUCGGAGGUCUCACUGAGGACCCCCUCACCGGCGAGGUCAGCGACGAGGACGAGGCAGCAGAGAUCGACGACGAGCACUCCCACCGCGAGACGUUCCGCCGAAAGACCAAGAAGUCCAAGCAGCAUCUUUCCAAGGAGCUGUCUGACUGCGUGGUCUACUGCAAGAGCGUCCACUUCAGCGGCUUCAAGCACAGCCGCCUGCACCAGAAGUUCUACGAGGUGUCCUCCUUCACAGAGUCCAAGGCCCGCAAGCAACUCAGAGACGCCGGCGGGGAGUUCGUGCUUCACAACUCUCGGCAGCUGAGCCGCGUUUACCCCAGCGGCUUCCGGACUGACUCCUCCAACUUCAGCCCCCAGGAGAUGUGGAACGCAGGAUGCCAGAUAGUGGCGCUGAACUUCCAGACGGCGGGCGAGGCCAUGGACCUCAACGACGGCCUGUUCCGGCAGAACGGGGGCUGCGGGUACAUCCUCAAGCCCAGCUUCAUGAGGCAGCCUGGGGGGGGCUUCAACCCCGAGGCCCCCCAGAACCGGGACUCCUACCUGCCCCAGGUGCUGCACAUCCAGGUGAUCAGCGGGCAGCAGCUGCCCAAGGUGAACAUCAAGGAGGGGUCCAUCGUGGACCCCCUGGUGAGAGUGGAGAUCCACGGGGUCCCACUGGACCAGGGCAAGCAGGAGACCCGCUACAUCGAGAACAACGGCUUCAACCCGGUGUGGUACGACACUCUGCGGUUCACCAUCCACACCCCCGAGCUGGCCCUGGUCCGCUUCGUAGUGGAGGACUACGACAAGACCUCCAGGAACGACUUUGUGGGCCAGUACACACUGCCCUUCUGCAGCCUCCAGCAAGGUUACCGGCACAUUCAUCUGCUGUCUCGAGACGGGACGAGGAUCCCCCCUGCCUCCCUGUUCGUGCACGUCAGGAUGACGGAGCUGGCAUGAACGCCUCAAGGCGGCCAUGUUGGCUCCAUCCAUCCAGAAAGUUCAGGAAGGCGGGGCACAGUCAGACAACACAUAUUUCGAGACACACAAUGAAGCCACACAAGGAAAACAUACAAUCCAACAUCACACACAUACACAUGUGUGUGAUCGAUGUUUCCUGUCAAUCACAGGGGCAACACUUCUCAUUGGUGAGGAACACAGGGAGGGCAAGAGCAGAACAUUUUUUGUUUAGUUUCAAAAUCUUCUCCUCUUUUCUGCUGUCUCUCUCUCUUUCCAUACAUUGAAUAGUUAUUGGAGAACCUAACUUUAAUCUAUGUCUAUUUAUACAUUAUACGUUAAAAUACAACCAACAUUUUCCUCAGCUACCAAGUUAUUGUGUUCUUACAAUACAGUAUUUUUACAGUAUUGUACUGUAAUAUUGAAACAGUUAAAAUAAUAUAGGUUUCAAUGUUGACGAUCAAAUUAACAUUAAUAUAACACAAUUCUGAAGUGUGUAGAGAGUGUGUUAUGAGGCGUAGUUCAGUACUGUAUAGAAACAGUAUUUUCCCCAGAAACAAUAACAGUAUUGAGUGUUGCUUGAGUUGAUGUGAAGACAUACUUAGCCAAAUGCAUUAUUUUUGUUUAUUUAUCGUUUAGAGGCACAAAUUGGAGAUAUAGCAGAUAAUGGAGUGUUUAUAUUUUUGUUCGUAUUUCCUUAUAGCAAGAAAAUUUGUGCGAACCAUCGAAAUGUACUUUUAUGAAAUAUUUUCUAUUCGCAUUGAUUGUGAGUAGCGAGGGACGUUCUAAUAGAAGAGGCACGUGCACUAUAGAUUGUCGUUGUUUUUGCUUCAUAACCAAAAGUGUGUCGUACAAUUGUGGAGUUUUAUCGGAGCGCUGUAAAUGCGUUUUACCUAGCUUGUUAUUUCGUAUUUUUCGUUUUGUGUCAUACGAUUACAUGAUCAUAAGAAUGUGCCACCAUCAUCUUUCCAUCACACUUUCGAAAUUAUGCUCAGUAUUUUUUCCAUAACCAGACCGUAGCACUUAACAGGAGGCUAGAUCACAGAUUCAAAUUAGCACGGUAAAAGAAAUAAAAAACGCAAAAAGAUUAAAAAAACGGACAGGCCUAUUGUGGAUAUAUGUUGAAAAUGUAACAGCAUGGUUUCCUGUAUGUAUCUUUUAAGCGACCCCUAAGCAUAUAUUUAUGCCUAUAUCUACAGUUUAUGGAUAUAUAUCUGUGCUCCGACAUAAGAGCUUCUUAUGUGAAUGCGAUGAGUCGUAUGGUAAUCUAUUUUCAGAAUUAUCGUGUUUUAUAAACGUAUAACGUGUUUGUCAUCGCGUCCGGCUUGUAAAUGCUUCCUGCUUGUGUACAUUUUGUGUUAAGAAGAAGAAGCAGACUAUUUUUGUAAGGGCCUGUAUCGAUUCGUAUCGUUUAUAGAUUGUGGUAGUAGAAAUAAAAAAUACAAAUUGUGA